AUGAAGUCGCGUUUCGCGCCCCCACAUUAUCCAGUGAAGGCAGAUACGAAGUACGAUCUCGCAGCACAAAUGGCUGGCAACUGGGAAUUGCUCGAUUCCGACGCUCCUGAACAGAGUACCGAAGAUGACAAUUCAGCUUUGAUAGGCAUCAAAAGAAGAGCCCCCCGUCCAAUACACAUCAAAGAUACUAGCCGGGAUGCAGGCCCCAGAGGAAGAAGCUCUAGCCCCAUUGAUCUUCGAGAUACACAGAGCGAAGAGGAAUACGAAAAAGACAUUUUUAGUGAUGGAGAAGCUACAUAUCUACAGUUCAAGAAUAGGAAAAAGCGGAAGCGCUCUGCUGCGUUCAAGCGAAAGUCUAAGCCCACCCAAAAAAGCUCCAUUGUUGGUCGCCGUGAGAGGCGGAUAGGUGAUGACGAAGGACCAAGCCGUAAGAAGCCACGCCAAAUGAAAAACUAUGGUGAGGUUUCUUCUGAAGAUGACAUGAUGGAGGACACCUUGCCUGAAUACCUUCGAACCCGUCGCCGUCACUUCGAUAAAAGAAGAGAACGCUUAUUAGAGGCUGGUUUAAAGUUGCCGCCGGAUUAUGAUGAUAUCGACUUCUCAGAUGAAGACCACUUAGAAGAUUUAGACGAAAGGCCUAUGUUCACACAUAUUAAGCCUUGUCGAAAGUAUGAGGAUAUCCAGCUUCCGUAUUCACUGGGGCUGAUACCGGCUCCGGUGGCGCAGUGGCUACGCGACUAUCAAGUGGAUGGUGCCAGCUUUCUUCAUGAGCUGUUUGUUUAUCAGAAGGGAGGUAUUCUUGGGGACGAUAUGGGCCUUGGUAAAACCGUUCAGGUCAUUGCUUUUCUAACGGCAGCCUACGGGAAAACAGGCGAUGAGAGGGACGCCAAGCGCAUGCGCAAAAUGAGACGAAAAGGUGAUGAUAUCUGGUAUCCCAGGACUCUGAUCAUAUGCCCUGGCACAUUAAUUCAAAAUUGGAGGGCAGAGCUAGAACGAUGGGGGUGGUGGUAUGUUGAUGUAUUUCAUGGAAGCUCAAAAGACGAUGCAUUGCAAUCCGCCAUGUCUGGUAGAGUUGAAAUUCUGAUCACCACCUACACCAUGUAUCGCAUGAACAAAGACACGUUGAACAUGGUGGAUUGGGAUUGUGUGGUUGCUGAUGAAUGCCAUCUAAUGAAAGAACGCAAAUCGGAAACUGCAAAAGCGAUGCACGAGCUUAAUUCCCUAUGCAGAAUUGGCCUCACUGGGACUGCUAUUCAAAACAAAUAUGAGGAGUUAUGGACUCUCUUAAAUUGGACAAACCCUGGUAGAUUUGGCCCAGUGUCAACAUGGAAAAGUACCAUCGCUGACCCCCUGAAAAUUGGGCAAUCUCACGAUGCCACCGUCUAUCAACUCAGCAAAGCCAGGAAAACUGCAAAGAAAUUGGUCCAGAACCUGCUUCCUGCCUUUUUUCUUCGGCGUAUGAAAACUCUUAUUGCUGAUCAGCUGCCCAAGAAAAGUGACCGUGUUGUGUUCUGUCCUCUGACAGAAACCCAGGCUGAUGCCUACGAGAAUCUUUUGAGUAGUGAUAUUGUGGAAUAUAUUAGGACAUCCUCUGAUCCUUGCCCCUGCGGAUCUGGAAAGAAAUCUGGUUGGUGCUGUCAUAAAAAGGUCCCGAAUGGUGGGCCAUGGCAGAGCUACGUGUUUCCUGCGAUCUCAAAUCUACAAAAGCUAAGCAAUCAUCUUGCUAUCCUCAUUCCACAGCCCACGGAUCCCAACGAGAAACAAGAUAAAGAUCUCAAUAUGUUACAAAUUGCAGUUCCCGAUAAGUGGCGUGAGUUAUACCGGACGAGAGGCUCCAUUUUGAACUACUCAAACCCGGAGUUUUGUGGGAAAUGGAAGGUGCUAAAAAAGCUGCUUAAGUGGUGGCAUUCAAAUGGGGACAAAGUCUUGGUAUUUUCUCAUAGUGUUCGGCUCCUGAAAAUGCUACAGAUGUUGUUCAACCACACCAGCUACAAUGUCAGUUAUUUGGAUGGUGCCAUGAGCUACGAAGAGAGAGCGCAGGUGGUGGAUGACUUCAAUGCGAAUCCCCAGCAAUUCGUUUUUUUAAUAUCCACCAAAGCUGGCGGUGUUGGUCUUAAUAUCACCUCUGCGAAUAAAGUUGUUGUUGUAGACCCAAACUGGAAUCCCUCGCAUGAUUUGCAGGCACAGGACCGUGCAUAUCGUAUUGGCCAGCUGAGGGAUGUCGAGGUAUUCAGGUUAGUAUCUGCCGGCACUAUUGAAGAAAUUGUGUACGCACGCCAGAUAUAUAAACAACAACAAGCCAACAUCGGGUACAAUGCCAGCAUAGAAAGGAGAUAUUUCAAAGGGGUGCAGGAGAAGAAAGACCAAAAGGGCGAGAUUUUCGGGCUUCAUAACCUAUUCGAAUAUCAGAAUAACAAUAUUGUGCUGCGAGACAUAGUCAACAAAACGAACGUGGCGGAAAGUAAAGCCGGAGUUCAGGUUGUCAAUUUUGAGGUCUUCGAUCAAAGAAAUGAUGACAAUAAAGGGCCAAACUCUGACAAUGCAGGAAACGAGGAUACCGCAAUGAGCCAAUUGGCCGCUUUGGUACAAGAUGGUUCCGAUGCUGUAACGCAAUGGGGGGAAGAAAAGAAGUCAACUACAUCAAUAAGGCAUGAUCCAAUCCAUGCCAUAUUGACAAGUGCCGGCGUAGAGUAUACGCACGAAAACUCAGAAGUGAUCGGCUCUUCGAAGGUUGAAGAGCAGCUCAGCCGUCGGGCGGAGAUGGCUGACGAGAGGGGAGAUUUUGGCAGGGAGCAGGUAUUUCAAGAAUCGCAGGGUGAUUCAAGCUCUGCAAUAUUCCUGGCGCCCACCUCACUUGUCAAAUUCAGGUAUCAUCCGCCAGAAGCCGUGAUGAGGAGACAAUUCUGUAGCAUGGCGAAGGAAAAUGGAUUUGACAAUGCAACAGAAUUUGCACUAGCGGUGGAGGGCAUGACUCAGGCUGAAAGACGGGCAUUUUUGGAACAGUGGUAUAAGAGGCGUAGAGAGAUUCUACUGGGAAAUGGGGAAAAGAUAAGUUGA